UCGGCGCGUAAACAGCGCAAGAAAAAGCGACUCCAGAAGCAAGGAGUCUUGACAAAGGGAGCUGGAGAGGAUAUACUCGCUCAGCGUAAGGCUGAUCAGCAGGUUGCCCGUGUAGAGCCUCAAAGUGGAGAGCAAGCAGGCCUCAGCCGCCAGGCUCUUGCGCGCUGCAGCAGGUGUAGAGAGACUGGGCAUAACGCAAGAACGUGUAAAAAGGACUUUAUAGAUCCUGCUUGAACUAGUAUAUUAAUAUAUAUAUACUGCCUUACAACGUGGUUGAGUUAUACGCUUAAAGAGGUGAUUAAAGUUGGUGGGGCUGACGACUCGUUUGUAUUGACGACUCGCUUGUAAAACACGUUAUAUACAUUCUGGCCUGUGUCAUUCACCCAGAGAUCGACAUCGACGGAUUGAAGGCAGCUUGAUACAGGGACCUAUUUCAUCGUUCACCGAAGUUUGUCAACUUACAUGUUUGUCUGGUGAAGUAUGACAUUGGAAGGUGACAGCUUUGCGCAUGUCGUUGAAGCCUUUGGUCGUUGGAGCCUGACAGUGGGGAAGAAUGUCUUCACAGCGUCAGUAACGAAGUGCAACAA